AAACAUCCCACCCAUUAACUUUAAAUCUGUUGACUCUUGAUACUCACCCUGUUGAGUCUACCAGGGAGUCAAACCAACAUCCAAAAAUGCCUGUCGACUUCAGUGGGACGUGGAACAUUAUCAGCAAUGUCAAUCUUGAGGGAUACAUGGUCGCACUUGGCAUUGAUUUUGCAAUACGCAAGAUUGCCCCAAUGUUGAAGCCCCAGAAAGUGAUUAAGCAAGACGGUGAGUGUUUCACAAUCAGGACACAGACUACGUUCAGAAGUUACGAGUGUUCAUUCAAAGUUGGAGAGGAAUUCAAUGAGGUGACUAAAGGAAUGGACAACAGGUCAUGCCAGACUUUGGUGGAGUGGAAAGAUGAUAAGCUGGUGUGUGUUCAGAAAGGACAGAAGAAGAACCGAGGGUGGACUCACUGGAUUGAGGGAGACGAGCUACAUCUGGAACUUACAUGUGAGGAUCAAGUCUGCAAGCAAAUAUAUAAAAGGACUCUGUGAUCACGUCUUAUUAUAAAACCAUUUCAGGGAACUUCAUUUGCAUAAUUUACAUUACAUGGUCUAGCAUCAGUCCACACAAUGUCAGCUCCUACAUUUGAUAAAAAGGGCAUGUAAUAUGAAUGUUAUGUUGGAUUAAAGUGUAGCACCUCCUCCGGACCAGGCAGUGGUGCUGUUAAAACAUUACAUUAAUAAAAAAAU